AAUUGCCCUUAAUGCAUAAUGCCCAUUCAAUGUGGCAUUAUAAAGGUACAAAACAGUGCUAAUACUUUUGGCUUAAUGUCUUUAAACGACUUUCAAAUUUAAUUACAACGAAGAGUGUUGUGUCCUGGAGGCAUAGCGGUCCUGGCGAGAGACUGCCGGGCGGGGGGGAGUGUUUCCCAGGCAGGCGGAGCAGCAGCACCAGUGACCGCUAGCUUGAUGUCAGCCACACAAUAGUGGAAACCUUUCACGGAGAAAAGAGCGAGGGUGGACGGCAGAUGAAGAGCGAGGACCACUGCUGGUUGGGACAUUGUCUUCCUUUUCGUUUGGGCCAGCAACACAUUUAAACAACAGCGACCAUUACUUUGUUUGUGGAACGGAGCAAGCGCUGCAGGGAGGUUAGCUAGCGAGCUAGCCAGCCAGCCACCGCCAUCUCUCUCUACGUCGGAGCCACCGCCGUGCGUCUUCCACGAUGGGGAACGCUGCCACCGCCAAGAAGGGCAACGAGCUCGAGAGCGUGAAAGAGUUUCUAGCCAAAGCCAAAGAAGAUUUUUUGCGGAAAUGGGAAUGCCCGCCACAGAGCACGACGUGCCUCGAUGACUUUGACAGAUUAAAGACGCUGGGGACCGGCUCAUUUGGGAGAGUCAUGCUGGUGAAACACAAAGGAACAGAGCAGUACUUUGCCAUGAAAAUUCUGGACAAACAGAAGGUGGUGAAACUUAAACAAAUAGAACACACGUUAAACGAGAAGAGGAUAUUACAAGCUGUCAGCUUCCCCUUCCUCGUCAAACUUGAGUACUCAUUUAAGGACAACUCCAAUUUGUACAUGGUGAUGGAGUAUGUUCCAGGAGGAGAGAUGUUCUCACACUUAAGGCGGAUUGGAAGGUUCAGCGAACCACACGCACGCUUUUAUGCCGCCCAGAUAGUGCUGACAUUCGAGUACCUCCAUUCACUAGAUCUCAUCUACAGAGAUCUGAAACCCGAGAACCUUCUCAUCGACCACCACGGCUACAUUCAGGUGACAGACUUUGGGUUUGCCAAGCGGGUAAAAGGCAGAACUUGGACGUUGUGCGGCACACCAGAGUACCUGGCCCCAGAAAUUAUUCUCAGCAAAGGUUACAACAAAGCUGUGGACUGGUGGGCCCUCGGGGUGCUCAUUUAUGAAAUGGCAGCUGGUUACCCUCCAUUCUUUGCUGACCAGCCCAUUCAGAUCUACGAGAAGAUUGUGUCCGGCAAGGUCCGCUUCCCCUCCCACUUCAGCUCGGACCUGAAGGAUCUGUUGAGGAACCUGCUGCAAGUGGACCUGACUAAACGCUUCGGCAACCUGAAGAACGGCGUAAACGACAUCAAAGGACACAAAUGGUUCGCCACAACAGACUGGAUCGCAGUCUACGAGAGGAAGGUGGAGGCCCCAUUCAUACCAAAGUGCAGAGGCCCCGGCGACACCAGCAACUUCGACGACUACGACGAGGAGGACAUCCGCGUUUCCAUAACGGAAAAAUGCGUGAAGGAGUUUGCGGAGUUUUAAGACAGACGGCACUGUCGGGGGAUAAUAUAAGGGGAUCUUUGCACUCUUCUAAAGACUUGGAAUGGAGACUUGGAGACCAUGUUUUCCUCCACCUCCCCCCCCUCUUCUUUCCCUUUCCCGGCUCUAUGACACAAUCUCUCACACAGCUCAAUGAUUUUGCCAUGAUCCUUGGGUGCCGAUAACCUCUCACUGUCACCUACACCUGCAUAUUAAAGCAGACGCACCACUUUCUUUUUUUUUUCUUUUUUUUUUUUAACCCAUCCACUUUUUAUUUUGUACUUUUGAAGGUCUUGGAUGUUGUCCUGCCCUUUUAAACCAUGACGGACAACGUGCAACAAGGCAGCUUGUUAGCAGUGGUUCCACUUCCACGUUACAUGGGCUCCUGUUAAGUUCAUGGCCGGUAGCUUCUCGUCCCGUGUGUGCAUACAGUAUCUGUCCGUUUUGUAAGACGUUUGAACACUCUUGAGUGUUUUAAGAGCAUGACUGAAUAGCAAAACUGUGGGUGACACAAGAAGAAGGAGAGGUUCCUCCUUCCUUUCUUUGCUUUUGCCUUAGAGAGCCCAGCAAAAGCGUUGAUCCUCCUCGGUAUUCCGACCCAGGCCAGCAAGCCAUCGCUGAGAAUAACCAACCUUGUUAAAUUAUUAGUAUAACGCAAUACAUUUGUCAUUUGUUGCUCUUUUUUUGUCACUGUGUCUGCUCUUUUAGUCCUAUUUUUUUUCCUAGAUUUCAGGUCUGCUCAUAAAGACCCUUUGUUACAAUACAAUGUGACUUCUGUAAAUCUAAAAGGAAGUGAAAAGAAAUCCUUUUAAGCUUUUUAUGAAGUGUAAAAGGUGAGAAAAGUCAAUGUGAAUAGCGUUGAAGCUUCACGCCUCAACAUGGUUGGUGAAACCUUUAAAAAAAAUAUCAUGUGCAGAAUCAUUUAUUGAUUUUGAGAAUUUAAUAAACAUGAAACUGCAGCUUUUUUGUUACCACCAGUGAAUGAUUGUUUUUGUUUUCAUUUUCUUUCUUUAAAGGAAUGUGGAUUGCAAUUUAUAGGUGUGCAUAUUUGAUGGCGUGAUUAUCAAGGUACAGUUUUCCUCACAAAUACACUGGCUCAAGUAAAGAACUGCUCCUUUGUAACACCAUGUAACCCUGUUACUGUUCAGCUCAUAUACGUAUAUGCAUUGUUUCAUAUGUUUUAUUUAUACACAUUAGAGAUGCUAAUAAAUUUUAUUUUUAAAAGUGUU